AUGGCAAAUCACUCUCAACUAGGAUUUCAAGACGCCUCAUCCCCCAUCAUAGAAGAACUUGUAGAAUUCCACGACCAUGCUCUAAUAGUAGCACUAGCAAUCUGCAGCCUAGUAUUAUAUCUCCUCACCCUUAUAUUAACUAACAAAUUAUCAUCAAACACUGUAGAUGCCCAAGAAAUUGAAUUAAUCUGAACCAUUCUACCCGCCAUUGUCCUAGUCCUUCUUGCCCUCCCCUCCUUACAAAUCCUUUACAUAAUAGACGAAAUUGAUGAACCUGACCUUACCCUAAAAGCCAUCGGCCACCAAUGAUACUGAACCUACGAAUAUACAGACUUCAAAGACCUCUCUUUUGACUCCUACAUAAUCCCAACAACAGACCUCCCCCAAGGCCACUUUCGUCUGCUGGAAGUUGAUCAUCGCAUUGUAAUCCCCAUAGAAUCCCCCAUCCGAAUAAUCAUCACCGCUGACGACGUCCUCCACUCAUGAGCUGUCCCAACCCUUGGAGUAAAAACUGAUGCAAUCCCAGGGCGACUAAACCAAACCUCCUUCAUUACCACUCGACCAGGCGUAUUCUACGGCCAAUGUUCAGAAAUCUGCGGAGCUAACCACAGUUUCAUGCCCAUCGUAGUAGAAUCAACUCCCCUAAAACACUUUGAAACCUGAUCCUCCCUUCUAUCAUCUUAA